CAAGUCCAACUCCUUGACCCUCUGACUUCGAUCCAAAGGAAGGGUGAACGGAGAAAAAAUGGUGGCGAUGGGAAUGGGGGUGGAGACGAGGACGUUGGUCCUGGUGAACCUGGCCGGGAUCAUGGAGCGGGCAGAUGAGGCGCUGCUACCGGCGGUGUACAAGGAGGUCGGUGCCGCCCUCGACGCCACCCCGACCGCCCUCGGAUCCCUCACCCUCUUCCGCUCCAUCGUGCAGACCUGCUGCUAUCCCCUCGCCGCUUACAUGUCCAUGCGGUACGACCGGACCCAUGUCGUGGCCCUCGGCGCCUUCCUCUGGUCCGCCGCCACCUUCCUCGUUGCUGUCUCCACCACCUUCCUCCAGGUAGCAGUCGCAAGGGCUCUCAAUGGGGUCGGGUUAGCUCUGGUAAUACCAUCCAUCCAAGCCCUUGUGGCCGAUUCCACCAACGACAGCACUCGUGGAUCGGCAUUUGGAUGGCUAUAUCUGACCAGUGGUUUCGGCUCCAUCAUCGGCAACUUCUUGGGCCUUCUGCUGGCGUCCACUUCGUUCAUGGGAAUCGCUGGCUGGAGAGUUGCCUUCCAUCUGAUCACCAUUUUAAGUGUUGUAGUAGGAAUUCUGGUCCGGCUCUUUGCAGUGGAUCCUAAUUUCCCUAAGAACCUUACUGGUGCAAGCGACAAAGCCACCUCGAGGAAGUUGAUUUGGGCAGAACUAAAGGCUCUGAUCGAAGAAGCCAAGACUGUCAUGAGAAUCCCUUCGUUUCAGAUCAUCGUGGCUCAGGGGAUCAGCGGAUCGUUUCCGUGGUCCGCCCUCUCGUUCAUGCCGAUGUGGCUGGAGCUCGUCGGAUUCUCCCACGGCGAGACCGGACUCCUCAUGACAUUGUUCUCCAUUGCGACGUCGCUUGGAGCACUGUUUGGGGGAAAGAUGGGGGACUUUCUUGCAAAGCAUUUCCCCAACGCCGGAAGGAUAGUGUUGUCACAGAUAAGCUCUGGUUCUUGCAUUCCUCUUGCCGGUGUGCUGUUACUGGUCUUGCCUGGUGACCCCUCCACAGGGCUUGCUCACGGCCUUGUCUUCUUCAUCAUGGGAUUAAGCAUCUCCUGGAACGCGGCGGCCACUAACAAUCCGAUAUUUGCAGAAAUAGUCCCGGAGAGAUCUCGAACGAGCAUCUACGCACUAGAUAGAUCCUUUGAGUCCAUACUCGCGUCGUUUGCUCCUCCAGUUGUUGGCAUUUUAGCUGAGCAUCUCUAUGGUUACAGACCGACUCCCAGUGGAUCAGGUGAAGGUGCAGUUCUCGAGUCGGACAGAGCAAACGCUGCCUCGUUGGCCAAGGCGCUUUACACUGCUAUAGCAAUUCCAAUGUCACUAUGUUGUUCCAUCUACUCUUUCCUAUACUGUACCUAUCCAAGAGACAGAGAGCGAGCAAGAAUGGAUUCCUUGAUAGCAUCAGAGAUGCAGCAGCUUGAGCUGGAAAAUAGCAGUGAAGUUAGAGAUGAGCAAAAGCUUUCCACCAAAGCUAUUGACAUUACUGAUGGGAUAGACGAUGAGAGUGAUGAAAUGAGACUGCUGUCAGGACCUGCAAUAGUAUCAGAUGACGAGGAUUAGUGAGUGUAGUAGCAUUCAACUGAUCAACAUGAAUUGCUCAUCGAGAGACUGGAAUGUAUCUUCACUAUUCCGACUAAUUUGUUUGAAUUCUGUCAUGUAUAGUCCAAAAACAAACAGAUCCUUUGACUGUUC